AUGGUCAAGUUGCGCGUGGCUGUCAGAGUCAUAUCUGAGGAUCAAUACCUGAAGCAUGCAGAUCGCCCGGCGCAUUUAGCCAUCGAAGGCGAGAAGCGCUUGCUUGUGGUGGUCCGAGAACCAGAGCGAUGGCAAAUUGGGACACUGGCCCUCGAAGUGCAACGAGCUUACAAGAGCUGUUACCAGCACGACUUGCCCACCAUCAAAUACCUCAAGGACGACGAAGACGACUACGAUUUAGACCCUCAACUCUACGUUUCAGACCUGCUAGUAGAUGAAGGCAAAGCCGCGAGAGACGGCGCUGAUCAGAGGGCGACCAUCAAGGUGAUACUCGAACAAGGUCGCGCUGUAAGAGAAGGGUCCGUUGCGAUAGGCAGCCAGUUGGACGAUCCUCAAUACCAAAGGCAAUUACACAAGACCUCCCGACCACCGGUCCCAACGUUUUCGGGAGUCACUUCAUCGCUCGGAAAACAUUCUCUGCCGGUGGAUGACAACGUUGCGAGGACUAAUGGAGCGAAGAGACCACGGCAGGUCGAAGCACUGGGCUCUAUCCGAGAGGAAAGUUUGGUGUCGUCUAUUGAACGCGAUGUAUCGCCGGGGCUUGCUGAGGUCACACAAAAUCAGGAGAUGCAUCCGGAUCCGAAGCACGAGUCGCCGGAGCUGUUUAGGCACAUGCAGGCCAUUCCAGCUGCAACUCUUGACGAAUUGGAGGAACUACCAGAACAGCCACACGACUUCGCUCCGCAUAAUGAACGAAGAAGAGAUUCCAGUGGUCGAGGCGUGGGAGGCGUACUCCAGGAAAUAACGAAGGUAUUCUCGCCACUUGCAACAUCCAGACAAUCACACGCACAGUCUCAAGGACCCAUCACACCUCCAACGGACGUACCCUCGAGACAGUCGAGCUCUUCAAGGAUACAACCGCGCACUGCUACAUCUGGUCAAGGGUCUGCUUCGGCAAGCAAAUUCAAGAGAAACAAUAUCUACGACUUUCCUGCAUCGGAUAUCGACGAUUCUCAAAUGUCACCACGGUCGAGACAGGGUCAGCUUGGACAGCCGAGGACGAGCGAUCGGUUAUCACAUAUCGAGCGUCUAGGCACACCAAAUGACAAUGAUGAUGAUCCUGAACGCCGUCUAAGCACACAGGAGGCGUAUGACGCUCUCGAGACCGAGUCCCUUCUUGACGACAACGGAAUGCCAGAUCGCAAUGCCCUCAGAAUAGGACAGGAUACCGAGGGACCUGUUCAGUCUGAAGGCACAGAUUAUGCUAUCUAUGAGGAUGAGGCAGUCAAUGGCGAUCCUGCCAUUCCUGAUCCCUCUGCCACAGAGCAUCCAGAUGCCGAUAAAGAAAACAGCGCUGUCAGCGUCGUACAUGCACAUCCAGACAGAGAAGCCAGUGCGCCCCAAGAAUGGCCAAAUGAGCACCCAGAGCCAACAACAAGGGUCAAUGAGAUAUCGGCAAUGGCUGCAACUAACAAGGCCACCGAGAUUGAUAAUGACAACGACCAAACACAGCAAAAGACACAGACACGGACGGCUAGAGGAUCCACGUCUAACAUAUCUAGCGCCAGCAGCAAUGAUGAUUUGGAAAAUAUCAAAACAAGAAAAGCUCUCCGGCCAUCCGCAAAAGUUACUACAAAGCUGCCUGCUCAGACCAAAGUCAAUGGCAGAAAAAGGGAGCGUAGCGGAACACCAAGCCUUGACAGUCCUGGAGAACAGCUUUUCCAAACUCUAGAAGAAUCAGAAAAAAGGCCAGAGCCAACGAGCUCAGCCAAACCCAAAGGGACGAAACAGAAAGCAGCCGCUCGCCAGACCUCUAAUUCAGCUGCGAAGAAGAAAAGCCUUUCGGGUGGCAAUGUAUCGCAAGCUACAGUCGACAUUGCGACCACGAAGGACCCUGUCCUCGAGGGGAAACAUGCUGCAGAGCGCGCUGCCGUUGUGGGAAAUGUCGAGGUAAAUGCUACACAACCUCGAGUACCGGCAAAACCCUUACCCUCCUGGGGUUCUGGUUCAACCACCUCGAGGAAGCAAGCGGCGAAAGACUUGGAUCAGACGAAAUCUCUGUCGACUACUCAUCCAUCGUCCGAGCCAAAGAAGAGCCCAUCUGUGUCAUAUUCGUACACCGAAGAGGAAAAGAGGAUUAUGGAAAGCCGCGCAGGCAUGACGGAGGAAGAACGUGCCGCACGCAAAUCAGCUGCUGCCACGAAAGUUAAACCAUCUCAAGUGCGGAAAGAAACACCUGGGAAAUCCUCUAGCGCAGCUAUCAAAUCGAUAACACCCCAUCGUGAGACGUCUGUGUCGACCUCCUCAAAAGGAAAGCAAUCGGAUACAGCAGUUGCACCGAAAACACCGUCAGCAAAGACAUCUUCUGUCAAAUCAACUGUGACGAAUACUGCCUCGAAGCAGCGAUCGGCCAGCUCUGCUCCAAGUACAGGGCCCAAACCAGUUGCUUCUACAAAGAAGAGCUCGACGAUCUCGAAGACCCCAGUUGCCAGCGCAAAAGCCAACAUUCAGCCACAGGCGACUCCCAAGCCGAAUCCGACUCUGACUUCUGUACAGCCCAAAGCACCGACCAUCACUUCGGCCAAGAGGCUUACCGACUUACGUGCUGCGCUUCGUAAUGUAGAUCACAUGGCCAAUUCUACAGCAACAUCUACGUCGCUCUCGCGAGCCUCAUCAAGGGCACCAUUAGGCCGGUCAGCACUCGCUACCUCCGACUCGGACGAGUCUGAAUCUGACUCGGACAGCGAAAGUGACAGCGACAGUGACAGUGGCAGCGAUCGCGGGAAGACUGCCGCGCAGAAGCCAACUUCCUCAGUCUCGCUAGGCAACAAACAAGUCAAUGGAAGUGCUUCGAAGAAGGUCCUGGGUCGGCCUGAUCCAAGCAUUCGCGACAGGAGCGUAGAUUCUGAUGAUGCUUCUGACGACGACGAUGAAGACGAUGACGAUCUGUAG